AGUCAAUCUAAAAGUUGCUAAUGAGAAUGUAACGUCAGUCAUUCAUUUAUAUUUUUAAGGUGCAUCUACGAUCGUCGAGACACAUUCACUCUACAUGACAUCAACACGGAAUUUUUAUUCGUUGCCCAUCUGCCUUCUUUCCUUAGUAGGAAGGUAUUUGUUGAUCCAUUUGACCUUCAUCGCCGAACCUAUGUCAUGCUCCAUCAUCAUCGUAGUAUUUCAGCAUCAGCUGUACUAUCUUUGACUUUCCUAUUUAUUCAACGUUCAAACGUCAUGCAACUACUGGUUGAUAUGGAUGAGAGAUUCUGGAAGAUCGAAGAGUGCAGAAACAAAGAACUGAAAGCUGAAUGCCUACAGAAAAUGAAAAUAUUGAAAAUCAAAUAUCGCUCAUACGUCAGUGUUCUCUUGAGCUGCAUUUUGUCAUAUUAUUACGGAAGAUUGAUCGAAAACAGAACAGCAGACGGAGAUAAUUUGCUGUUCGAGUCUUACCUACCAAAGGGCGUCCCAUUUUGGUUUAUGUUCUUAUGGAUGCAUAUCCCUGGCUACGGCUUAUCGCUGCUGGAUAUUACUAUAGAUUGCACCGUAUUUAGCAUCGUGUCACUUACUGCCAUACAGUUCAAGCUUUUAGCAUACGAGAUGCAAAAUAUUUUUGCAGAAGCUUCUGAUUAUUUCACCAUAAAGGAUAAGUUUACGAGAUGCAAUGAUCAACUUUCGUUCUUGCUGUGUUUCAAGACUCUCUUAAACAACACCUUAUCAACAAUGAUGCUCAUGUACCUUGGAAUGGUUGUACUGAUUCUGUGUCUAGAGAUGUACUAUAUUAUGACUAUGAACUCUUUCCAAGGAAUCGUCCGUGCAUUGAUUUAUGCAGCAUUGAUAUUCUUCGAGUUCUUCAUUUGUUAUUGCGUUCCUUUCCAGGAGUUAGUUGACGAGUCUGGAAAGCUUGUUGAAUGCUUGUACGACAGCAGAUGGUACGAACACGUGGGUAGCACAGCACCUUAUGCUAAAGCAAUGUUGUUACUUCAAGGAAAAAGCCAAAUGAAUGUCAUGCUCACAGCUGGUGGCUUUCUUAACAUGAACCUGCAAACUGGAAUAGCGACUUUGAAGACGAUGGUUUCCUACAGCAUGUUUUUGAGAACUAUGGCGGGGCUUGAAGAUGACAUGAAAUAAAUGAUUUAAUUAAUGAUUUCAUGUGUUCAGACAUUAUUACCUUACAUGACGUUUACCUUUUGUAGUCAAAAAGCAUGUGUAUAUAAAAACACGUAUAUUUUUAAAUA